GUGGGAGGACACCUCCAGAGGAGCUGCUGUUCACUGAGCUGCACUCACACAUGAAGAUACAGACUUUGUGAAGAAGGAAUUGGCAACGCUGAAACCUCCAGAACAAAGGCUAUCACUAAGGUCCCGCUGCCUUGAUGGAUUAUACACUUGACCCCAGCAUGACAACAAUGACCGACUACUACUACCCUGAUAGCCUCUCAAGCCCCUGUGAUGGAGAACUUAUCCAGAGAAACGACAAGUUGCUCCUUGCUGUCUUUUAUUGCCUCCUGUUUGUAUUCAGUCUUCUGGGAAACAGCCUGGUCAUCCUGGUCCUUGUGGUCUGCAAGAAGCUGAGGAACAUCACAGACAUAUACCUCUUGAACCUGGCCCUGUCUGACCUGCUUUUUGUCUUCUCCUUCCCCUUUCAGACCUACUAUCAGCUGGAUCAGUGGGUGUUUGGGACUGUAAUGUGCAAAGUGGUGUCUGGCUUUUAUUACAUUGGCUUCUACAGCAGCAUGUUUUUCAUCACCCUCAUGAGUGUGGACAGGUACCUGGCUGUUGUCCAUGCCGUGUAUGCCAUAAAAGUGAGGACGAUCAGGAUGGGCACAACCCUGAGCCUGGUAGUAUGGCUAACCGCCAUUAUGGCUACCAUCCCAUUGCUAGUGUUUUACCAAGUGGCCUCUGAAGAUGGUGUUCUACAGUGUUAUUCAUUUUACAAUCAACAGACUUUGAAGUGGAAGAUCUUCACCAACUUUGAAAUGAACAUUUUAGGCUUGUUGAUCCCAUUCACCAUCUUUAUGUUCUGCUACAUUAAAAUCCUGCACCAGCUGAAGAGGUGUCAAAACCACAACAAGACCAAGGCCAUCAGGUUGGUGCUCAUUGUGGUCAUUGCAUCUUUACUUUUCUGGGUCCCAUUCAACGUGGUUCUUUUCCUCACUUCCUUGCACAGUAUGCACAUCUUGGAUGGAUGUAGCAUAAGUCAACAACUGAAUUAUGCCACCCAUGUCACAGAAAUCAUUUCCUUUACUCACUGCUGUGUGAACCCUGUUAUCUAUGCUUUUGUAGGGGAGAAGUUCAAGAAACACCUCUCAGAAAUAUUUCAGAAAAGUUGCAGCCAUAUCUUCAUCUACCUAGGAAGACAAAUGCCUAGGGAGAGCUGUGAAAAGUCAUCAUCCUGCCAGCAGCACUCCUUCCGUUCCUCCAGCAUAGACUACAUUUUGUGAGGAUCAAUGAAGACUAAAUAUAAACACAUUUUCUUGAAUGGCAUGCUAGUAGCAGUGAGCAGAGGUGUGGGUGUGAAAGGUUUCCAAAAAAAGUUCAGCAUGAAGAAUGCCAUAUAUGUUGUUGCCAACACUUGGAACACAAUGACUAAAGACAUAGUUGUGCAUGUCUGGCACAACCUCAAGCCUGUGAUUGUGUUUAUUGAUGAUGCUGAACAAGUGGUAACUUUAAAGGAUUCUGUGUGCCAAGUGAAAAGAAAAGAUGUCUGACCUCCUUACAUAUGCAAAAAUAUACCUCCAGAGCCUGUCGGUAGGCUGGAAGAAGUGGAUAUUGAAAUUUCCAGUUGUCUAUUCAUUGACUGAUGGUGAAACAGCUGAAGUGAUUCUGAAUCAAGGUGAUUGUGAUUAU